AUGUAUUAUAGUAGUAGUAGUAGUAGUAGUAGUAGUAGUAGUAGUAGUAGUAGUAGUAGUAGUAGUAGUAGUAGUAGUAGUAGUAGUAGUAGUAGUAGUAGUAGUAGUAGUAGUAGUAGUAGUAGUAGUAGUAGUAGUAGUAGUAGUAGUAGUAGUAGUAGUAGUAGUAGUAGUAGUAGUAGUAGUAGUAGUAGUAGUAGUAGUAGUAGUAGUAGUAGUAGUAGUAGUAGUAGUAGUAGUAGUAGUAGUAGUAGUAGUAGUAGUAGUAGUAGUAGUAGUAGUAGUAGUAGUAGUAGUAGUAGUAGUAGUAGUAGUAGUAGUAGUAGUAGUAGUAGUAGUAGUAGUAGUAGCAGUAGUAGUAGUAGUAGUAGUAGUAGUAGUAGUAGUAGUAGUAGUAGUAGUAGUAGUAGUAGUAGUAGUAGUAGUAGUAGUAGUAGUAGUAGUAGUAGUAGUAGUAGUAGUAGUAGUAGUAGUAGUAGUAGUAGUAGUAGUAGUAGUAGUAGUAGUAGUAGUAGUAGUAGUAGUAGUAGUAGUAGUAGUAGUAGUAGUAGUAGUAGUAGUAGUAGUAGUAGUAGUAGUAGUAGUAGUAGUAGUAGUAGUAGUAGUAGUAGUAGUAGUAGUAGUAGUAGUAGUAGUAGUAGUAGUAGUAGUAGUAGUAGUAGUAGUAGUAGUAGUAGUAGUAGUAGUAGUAGUAGUAGUAGUAGUAGUAGUAGUAGUAGUAGUAGUAGUAGUAGUAGUAGUAGUAGUAGUAGUAGUAGUAGUAGUAGUAGUAGUAGUAGUAGUAGUAGUAGUAGUAGUAGUAGUAGUAGUAGUAGUAGUAGUAGUAGUAGUAGUAGUAGUAGUAGUAGCAGCAGCAGCAGCAGCAGCAGCAGCAGCGAAUAA